AUGUCAAUACAUUUAGUUGAAGAAGAAGUUGAAGAAAGCUCUACUCAUCAAUAUUAUUGGCUGAGGAGUGGAGUAGCGGGCAUAGCACCACUUCUUGGCAUAUGUUGUCUUGCUUUAAUCGGAUUAUUAAUAGCAGCAACAAUAGUAUUGGCACUUAUACCAGUCUAUUUGCCUAAACGUCAUGGAGCAUCGAGUACCACACCCAUAUUUUUAACAGCUACUGUGAAUCAAACUGCUGGACCGAACGGAGCUCUACCAAGUAGCAAUUUUGCAAAUAUAGCACGAGCGAUCGAACGUGCUCGUGGUUUACCAGCAGGCUCAGUAGUUGUUCAACAAGCUGUAGUAAAUAGCAAUGGUAAUGGUCGAAAAAAACGAAAUCAAUUCGCAUUAACAAGAGUCAAACGUCAGAGUACUACUACUAUUAUUCUAGAGGUUGUUUUCAAUCUCUUAUUAUGUCCAUUCUGUGGUGGUGGUGGAUUUCUUGCUUCAUUAAUUAAUCUUGAUUUUGCACUCGCUAUUAUUGGCCGUGACGGACUACUAUAUUACCUGUUAUUCACGAUCUCUCAAAGAUCAACAACUGCUCCAUCUGGUUUUGCAGUUGCAGGAGAAGGAGCAAGCAGUGCUACAUCUCCAACAGUGACACCCACACCCUCUGUUGGUGGUGGUAGUGGUGCAACAAUGUCUACCACUCCUAACGUGAACGGUUAA